CUGCCGGCCGCGGCAGGGCCUGCCCGGGGCAGAAGGGCCGUCCCCUCGCCCCCUCCCUACAAAAUUCCUCACAAAAAGGGCAGCAACCGAGCCCUCUUGAAUGUCUGGAAAUGACCGGAACCAGCGAGCCGUCCUGCGUCUGGACCUCUCCGUUCCGAGCUGGGCGCCAAACCCCCGCUCUUCUGUGAGCUAAGGAAGAACAGUCUUGGUGUUGGUAGAGAGUGUUAACUAAAAACAUGUUGGCUACCAAGCUGUCCCGGCCUCUCCUGAACUUCUCUGUGAAAGCCCUGAAUUUCAAGGACACAGGAAAUGGUUUCAGGCCUGUGCAAAGAUUUUGUUUCCCUCUCUUGUCCCCAUGUGGCAGCCGCUCUUAUGCAACUGAAGUUGAUCAGAUUGGCAGCAAAGCUGUGCUUAUAACAGGUUGUGACUCAGGGUUUGGAUUUGCUUUGGCGAAGCACCUGCAUACCAAGGGCUUCAUUAUUUAUGCUGGCUGCCUGCAAAAGGACAAGGGAGGUGGUGGCUCCAAGGAGCUGGACGACAUGAACAGUGAUCGAAUGAGAACAGUCCAGCUCAACGUCUGUGACAGCAAAGAAGUGGACCGAGCAGUGGAGCACGUGAAUAGCAGCUUGCCGGACCCAGAGAAAGGGCUGUGGGGGCUGGUUAACAAUGCUGGGAUCUCCACAUUCGGGGAAGUAGAGUUUACAAGCAUGGACACCUACAUGGAGGUAGCUGAAGUGAAUCUGUGGGGGACUGUUCGAACCACCAAGGCUUUCCUCCCUCUCAUCCGGAGGUCAAAAGGUCGUGUGGUGAACAUCAGUAGCAUGAUGGGUCGGAUGGGCAGUCCUGCCCGGUCCCCAUACUGCAUCACCAAGUUUGGUGUGGAAGCCUUCUCCGACUGCCUGCGGUACGAAAUGCAGCCCCAGGGGGUGAUGGUCAGCAUCGUGGAACCUGGCAACUUCAUAGCUGCCACCAACCUGUACAGCCCCGAGCGCAUCAAGGCCAUAGCUGACAAAAUGUGGGAUGAGCUCCCGGAGAUAGUGCGCAAAGACUAUGGCAGGAAGUACUUCGAUGAGCAGGUCAGCAAGAUGGAGACGUACUGCAACAGCGGCUCCACGGACACCUCGCCUGUCAUCGAGAGCGUGGCCCACGCGCUCACCUCCACGGCCCCCUACACCCGCUACCACCCCAUGGAUUACUACUGGUGGCUCCGCAUGCAGAUCAUGACCCACAUGCCUGCUGCCAUUUCAGAUCGGCUCUAUGUCUAUUGAGGCCUCAUGCUCCUAGGCAAACACAGGUGGGAAAUUUGUUAAAGAGAACGUUGUACACGCUUCCCAUUAGUUGUUUUAAAAUUAAUCUAACCUCAUUUCAGAGUACUGUAUUUUAGGUCUAAAGGGUUCAUUUAAACAUCUGACAUAACCUAAAGGGCAGUCAUUUGCAAGGGAUGCUUCAUAGGCAGGAACACAUUUUGUUUGUGCAGGGACAUUUGUUCUUUGCUGUUUAUUUAAUGUAAUCUUUUUCACCUCGAAUGUCAAGUUAAAAUGAUUAUUUAAACUGCAAUUGCUCUGAAGUGUUUUCAGAAUAAUUUCUGCUGACAGCUGAACACAAUCUUCAUAAUUCCUGCCUAGGAUGCAGCCUUCACACCAUAAAACAGAGGCCCUCUGUGCUGUAAUGGCAAACCACUGCCUCCUGAUGACAGAGUGUCCCAACAGACUUUUCCAGGCCUGGUCACAGUAUCCCAAGGCAGAGCAGAGACUUCCUUAAUUUGGGGAUCAGAACUCAAAAUGCUCAAGGUGCUGAAACUGAGUGACUGACCCUGUACCUUUCUGUCUUAGAAUUAUACUAUUAAAACCUUAAAGAAAAGGAACCAUGCUGCUUUUCUUGCAUGCUUUCUUGCAAAGGAGUUCAACAACCCAGGGACUCAAUCCUGCAGUCCUUUCCCACAGGAGUUUCUUACUCAUAUGAGCAUUCCCACGAGUGUGAGCAGCUUUACACAAAAAACUGCAGGAGUCAGCAUUGGCCCAUAGUAACAUUUCUCUUCAACGGUAAUUGAACAUCACCUUCAAACUUAGUCUUGAGGAGGGUUUCACUCCAGCUCCUGUAAUUUGUGAGGAUCGCCGCUGAGCCGAAGGAGGCAGAGUUACAGUCCUGGCAGUGGAUGCCAUUUAUACCAGGGACCUCAGAAUCACACCAAGUGUUUGCACAGCACCUUGCACACACAGCAUGAACCCUGACCAGGGCACUACUGCAGUGCAGGUGUUGGUGACAAUAACAACUUCCACUGAAGGAGUUGCUGAGCUGAAAUACAUCUAACAUGAUACAAAUCUAACAGGACGUCCAUAACAAUAAAGUUAACUUCAAGAGCAGUUUCAUUUCCGUGAUGGUUGUUUACAUGUCUGAGAAACAUUUGUUUUGUACUGUAAGAAAAGAAAAGGAAAGAAAAGAACCAUAGAAAGUACUUCUGUGGGAAAAUGCAGAAAGAGUUAAAUUUUUUUAAGCUUGAAAGGCAAAAAACAAACAAGAAAUUAAAACACCAUUGUCAGCAAAGUCAAAGAGAAGGGAUCUUAUAUGCUUUAGUAACAUACUAUGACAUGAUCAAACUCCUUUGGUUUAAUAAAUGUAUACAUGAAUGGUAACAAAA